AUGAUUCAACAAGAAGAAAACAAAGCUUCAACUAAUAUUAUUUUAACAUCACCAUCAUCAAAUGUGUCUACACCAACUGUUGAUUUGAUAACCUCACCGCCACCUACUAUUUCAUCAUUGUCAUCAGAGUCAUUGUCUUCAAACAACAACAACAACAACAACAACAACAACAACAACAACAACAACAACAACAACAACCUCAACAAUCGACCAGUAACCACCAAAGAUGUAGAUGAAUUUAGAAAUUAUCAAGACGGCACUCUUAUCGAUCAAGUGUCUCGUGCCUAUUUCAACAGUCACACCAAACAAACCUAUGACUAUGCAUCUAAAAUGCUCAGCCGAUUCGAACAAUUGAAUUCAUCUAUUCGUUUGUCAGUGUGGGAUGCUGCCGAGCUACUCAACACCAUUAUUGAUGAAUCCGAUCCCGACUCUAAUAUUCCACAAAUCAACCACCUUUUACAAACGGCAGAAACUAUCAGAAAGGCAUACCCUGAUCCAAAAUAUGAUUGGUUCCAUCUCACUGGUUUUAUACAUGACUUGGGCAAAAUACUACUUUCCAAGCAUUUUAAUGAACCUCAAUGGGCGGUCGUUGGAGACACUUUUCCACUUGGUUGUAAAUUUGAGGAAACCAAUAUAUUUUAUCAAUUUUUCAAGGAUAAUCCAGAUUCUAAUGAUCCAAAAUACAAUAGUGAAUUGGGAAUAUAUCAACGAAAUUGUGGAUUGGAUAAUGUGGUAAUGUCAUGGGGGCAUGAUGAAUAUCAUUCAUUCUAUCCAUGGCACAAACAAGGUGGUUACAAACAUUUAACAAAUGAAAAGGAUGAACAAAUGUUAAAAUGGGUAAAAGAGUUUAAUUUGUUUGAUCUUUAUUCCAAAGACUCUGAACCAGUCAACGUUGAAUCACUUAAACCAUACUAUCAGUCAUUAAUCGAUAAAUAUUUCCCAAUCAACACUUUAAAUUGUGCUAGAGGUGUAGUCAAAGCAGUGUUGAAAAGAUUCAAGGAGAAAUCAAGAGUUAUUCUUUUAGCUUUAGAGCUAUCAGAAUGUUUAGUUCAAAACUCUGAAUGUACUCAUAUUUAUUUUGGGGAAAGAACAUUUACAACCGAAAUGGCAAGAUUGAUUAUGAGUAAAAAGACAAAAGAAAAUGUUAAAGAUAAAGCUUUAGAGUUGGUAGAGGCAUGGGGUCAAGGAUUUCAAUAUAGAUCAGAUAUACCAGGUUUUUACGAAUCCUAUUCUUUUAUCAAGAGAUCAGGAUACAAAUUCCCUCCUGUUAAACAUAAUUUAGAUUUUAAUAGAAGAAAUAACUCUGCUGCCACCACUACCACCAGACCACAAUCACAACAGCUACCACAACCAACUAGAAGUCAUGGUGGUGGUUUUUCAUCAACUACCAGAGCUCCAGUAUCUGGUCACCAUGCUCCAACCACCUCUGCCCCACCACCAACCAGUGGCAAUGUAAGCAAUCAAGAAAUAUCAUCCAUCAAAGGAAGUUUAUCAGUCUUUGAAGAGAUGCUUUCAUUUUUCAAUGUAGAAGAGGAAGACCCAUCUGAAAAUGCCCUACUACAAGAGUUGUUGGCAAUGACAAAGGAAAACCAAAAAAAGGUCAAAGAGUUGAUUGAGAAUGGAUCGACCCCAGAAAAAGAUUUGGUGGCCUAUUUGGCUUUAAAUGAUUCUUUGCUCAGAGCCGCCGGUGAAUACGAUGAUCGAGUAUCAAGAAGAAGAAAAUUCGUAGAGAAUGGAUACAAACCAAUAGCAUUGCCACCAAAGCAAUCAAGUAUAUUAAAUGAUCUACAAGAUUUGGAUUUCACUGUACAAACUAUUCAACCAAGAAAUCAAAAUCAACAACAACAACAACAAUACAUGCUAAAUCAACAACAGGUUCCAACAGGUAAUCUACAACUUCAACCAUAUCAACCACAACCUCAACAACAACAACAGCAACCUUUACAGCCGUUGCAGCCACAACAACAACAACAACAACAACAACAAAACUAUCGUCACUCUUAUAAUCCUUUUCAACCACAACAACAACAACAACAACAACCACCACAACCUCUGCAACGACCACAACAACAACAACAACAAUCACCAUCGGCUCCAAUUGACGAGUUUGAUCUUUUCUUGGCAAACAGACAAAAACAGUUGUCACCCCAACAACAACAAACUCCAUUACAGCCACAACAACAAUAUCAAAACUUCACAUCUCUUCCACAAACCGCAAAAUCAAAUCCAUUUGCACAACCACCUCAACAACAACAACAACAACAACAACAACAACCAUCGGCACCAUUAGUAUUGUCUCCUUUAACUGCUCAAUCUACACCACAACCAAAGUCCAAUCCAUUCAGUCCAUCCUAUCCAAAUUAUAAUAUUGGAAUGAACAAUGGUAUGGGUAAUGGUAUGAACAAUGGUAUGAGUAAUGGAAUGAACAAUGGAAUGAGCAAUGGAAUGAAUAAUAGCAAUUUUUCUACUCCUCUUCAACCACAACAACAACCACAAGGAAAUCCAUUUGCGUCAUUGCAAUAUCAACAACCACAAUUCCAUGGUUCUUAUGGUAUGAAUAGUAAUGGAAUGAAUAGUAAUGGAAUGAAUAAUGGUAUGAAUAAUAGUAUGAAUAAUGGAAUGAAUAAUGGUAAUAUGUUUGGUGGAUCACCUUAUGGACAAACAAGCCCAUAUUCCAACUUUACACAAUAUAACCAAACUCUUCAACCCCAAAGAGUCAAUGGUACUCAAAUGAAUAAUAAUUUAAUAUGA